CUGAAAGUUAAAGGACCAGAAUGUAAUUUACCAUUUUAACUUCUACUGAAGUCGCGAAAAUGCGGAAAGAGAAAACCCAGCCUCCAUUGCCAAAUCGCACCAAUUUAGAGAAUACGCAGAAGAAUAGAUGGCUCUGAAUGGCUGGGGCAGCAAGAAGAAGAGGGAGAAGCCAAAUAUAUUGAUAGCAGGAACGCCCGGAACUGGUAAGACCACGACGGCGACAGCUCUGGCGGAGUCUAUUCAAUUACGCCAUAUAAAUAUCGGAGAUUUGGUCAAGGAGAAGAACCUCCACGACGGCUGGGAUGACCAGUUCGACUGUUAUCUCAUCAAUGAAGAUCUCGUAUGUGAUGAGCUCGAGGAUUUGAUGGAAGAAGGUGGAAACAUCGUGGAUUACCAUGGAGGUGACUUCUUUCCUGAGCGCUGGUUCGACCGUGUGGUCGUGCUUCAAACCGAAAACUCUAUGUUGUAUGACAGAUUGACAAAGAGGGGUUAUUUAGGGCAGAAACUUACAAACAAUAUCGAAUGUGAAAUCUUUCAAGUGUUGCUGGAGGAGGCCAAAGGGAAUUAUCCAGAAGAAAUUGUGGUGGCGUUGAAAAGUGACUGUAUUGAAGACAUGAAUAGAAAUGUGGCCACUUUGACCGAUUGGGUUAGAAGUUGGAGCUGCCAAUCUUGAUCACAACUUCACUGAUAAUGGGAAACUCGAGGGCCAUUAUCCCUAAUGUGGAAAUUUCGUGUCUGUUCUGCGAUCUCGCUCUGUAGAAGUUAUAUUCGACUGGAAGAAUCUGUUUAGUCCUUUGUCAAACGUAAGAAAUACCAGUGGAGGCGGGUAAUGCUUUUUUGGCGCGAUAGUCAUCAGUUUUAUUUUGUACGGAGUACAAACUUCUUCGGAUUAUGUGAUGAAAGAUUUUUUUUCCCCAAGUCGUAUAUCGUUAAUGUGAGGUUGAACGCUGUUUGUGUCAGUGACUUCAAAGACCAGAAACAAGAAUAAGGAUUUUAAUAUCA